GACGUAGUCCACUACGCAUGUCAACUAGUACUUGAAAGUAAAAUGGUAUUUUCUCAACAUGUCUUAACGCAAGGUCUGCUCCUUUUUAACCUGUUUGACCAUAAUACUUGUUAUGAUCACAAACGUUUGCAUUGAUUAGAUUUUGCCUUAUAAAGUCUAUAUACAGUUAUUAACAUUUUAUCUAAAUCGGCGUCAUUUGCAUUUUCUCCAUGAAAUGGAAAAUAGUGGCCUUAGCUUAGGUUGCUGUGAAGAGGAGAAGACCUAUGCGUCCCAGCUGGACUCGGCACAUGGAGCCACUGCUUGGGGCAGUAAUCAAACGAACUUGUCGGAACUGAACAACUUGUCUACAAUCACUAAAGAUCACCAGGUCGUAUCUACCACCACUAAAAUUAUCGAACGAGCCGGAAUCAAAGAAAACACAUUACCAAAUGGCAAGAUAAAACAUAGAACAGAUGAAAACGGACUGAUUAACCAUGUCUUACCUGAUGGAUUGCUCGGCCCUAACGGCGAAGAGGAAUAUGAUUGUUGUACUUUAAAUAGUGUUAGUUGCAAUCCUGAUUGCAGUCAUAAUGAAAGCGACACGGGCAUUUUGUCUUGUCAGUCCGGGGUAGAAGAGAUUAAAUCGUCACGCGACCAUGACGACAACCCUUCCAAUCGGCAAGAGGUUAUGGACAGUGUAAAUAAACAACUGAAUAACCUUAACAUUUCUAAGGACAACACAUCUACUGUUGCCAUAUCUUCGGGACCUGAGACGGCAGUUGUAGAUGAUGCAUGUGCUAAUACUGUCGCUACAGAAAGCCAACUGGAGUAUCGCGUUUACGAAUGUGAACUCCAGAUGGCCGAUAUCAUGCGAUUGAUUACCAAGGAUCUCUCUGAACCUUAUUCGAUAUAUACAUACCGAUAUUUCAUUCACAACUGGCCAAAAUUGUGCUUCCUGUGUAUGGAUGGCAGUAAAUGUGUUGGUGCCAUAGUUUGCAAAUUGGACAUCCACCAAGGAGUUAUAAGAAGAGGAUACAUAGCUAUGCUUGCUGUUGAUGCUGAGUAUAGGCGGCGAAAAAUUGGCUCCAAUUUAGUUCUAAAAGCCAUUAGAGCAAUGCUUGCUGAUGGUUGUGAUGAGGUGGUAUUAGAGACUGAAAUCACAAACAAAGCUGCUCUUAAACUAUAUGAAAAUCUCGGAUUUGUAAGAGAUAAACGGCUUUUUCGAUAUUAUUUGAAUGGAGUGGAUGCUUUACGGUUAAAACUCUGGUUGAAAUGAAAGGAAUAAAUUAUUCUUGACGGGCUCUGGCCUUUAUUUUUCUUUGACAGCAUGAAAAUAUUUUGUAUUUCCACAUAGCUAUUACUACUUCAUGAACAGAACUCCUGGCAGGUUGAUCCAAUUUAUCAUGGCUCAGUACAUGAAAAUCUUGUCAUUACAGUUCACCAAGCUGUGCUUAAGGGUUGCAGGUGCUUAAGAGUUACAGGUGCUGUCAGUUAUUUGUUAUUAACAUCAAUGGUAAUAUAUUCGAUAUAAAACAAAAUAACAUAAGUAUAUAAGAAACAGUUUUCUGUUUCCUUAAACCAACUGAUUUGUCCCAGUUUUCUGUGGCUCUAAUCACACUGGAUUUCUCCCCGUUUAAUAUGGCUCUAUCUGAUGUGAACUGAAGAUACGAAAACUAGCUAACCCAGUAGGAGAUGCAAACGGUGUUGUUCUUUCAGAAGCUGCACUCAGCUUACUUUAAGGUGUUCCUGUUGGUUAGAUUGUCUUCUCCUUUGGGGCAGAACUCACAUAUAUAUGUUUUUAUUUAAAGAAGAAAAAAAAUUCAUUUGCUAAUACUCAGAAACGUAUUUUGUCUCCGUCAUUUCAUACUUCGUCAGUAACAUGGCACGGCUUCCUCAGCAUUAGGACUCCACACUUCUAGCUAACAGUUGGGUUAUAUUUUCAGUGUAUCUUUCUAACGGUGUAGACCUACCUCUCCUUAGCUGUGUACUAAAAUUAGGCUAUGGUUCAUAUGUACAUAAACCAGGAUAUGUUUGAUAAGGCUGCAUUCAUCACAAUUUUUGACAGCUGUGAAAAUGAGAAACUUUUUGGAGCAAGGUGGAGUGGAGGGGAGUACAUUUUACAUUCUUUUUCUAAUCUAUUGAAUUCUUAUUUUCUUUUAAUUGAAAAUAAUUCAAUAAAAUAAACGCAUCAGAUUUCUUGUGGUGUUGAAUUCAUGGUCUUUGCUGAUCCUUUUUUGUGCUCUUUGUUUCAAACAACUUUGGUAAAAAUCAAACUGCAAUGUUGAGAAUGCAUUUUGCUUUAGCUUAGUUGCAUAAAAUAGAAUUUCUCUUCAAAGCAAAUUUCACAGCCAGUUUAAUUUGGAUUCAAUUUGAAAUUUUAUUAAUUUUUUUCAUUCUAAAUUUUGUUUCUCGUUGCUAAAUUCAAGCCUUCAAAUACUUUGAAUGGUUUCUCUGUUGAAUAACAUAUAUAACUGUUUUGCCACUGUCUCAAUCAUUGUCGUUUAGCCCCCAAUCAGCCCAGACCUAUGAUCAGAGAUGUUCCACCCAUAAUCAGCCCCAUCUUUUUAGAGGUGUAUAGGACUACAUUGUCCAGUAUGUUCUUUCCACAUUUAAAAUGCUAGGGUAUUGUUCUUUGAUGGAAUUUGGCUGCUAUUUCUAGCAGGUAGAGUGAUCAUGUAAAGGUUCCCUCAUUGGCUCGAUGUCCCAGUUGUUGAUUGGGGUGGCUGUUCUGAGUUAUUAAGAAGGUAACUAAUUAUAUAGCGAUUUAUUUCCGUGGUCUUAAGGAAAUUUUUCUUUAAAUAACACUGAUACAGUUUUAGAAAAAUAUCUAUCAUGCAAAUAAAAACAGAUAUUUUAUGCCAAGUUAUUCCAUUCAGUGAAUAUAUUUUUCUUUCUUUUAAAGCUAUUUAACUGCAACUAAUUGGAAAUGUCCAUAGGAGAUCAUUUUUAAAGGACUAGAGUUAGAAGUUUGUUUCACAAAUAAUGAAGUUUCAAUCCCAGUCUGUGAUGGAUUUUCCAUAUAAUCAAUGAGUGUAAUUUAUUUUAUAUUUUUGUGUACUUCUUAUUUAAAUUUUGUGUACUUUCUGAUUUUUUUAUAAAUUCUCAGAUAUAAAGCUAUUUCUAUAGUAGCUGAAAUCUCAGUUUUGCAUCACAAUAUCAACAGUUGUUAUUGUUGUUACAAAUACCAUUUUUAAUGUCGCAAAAAAAAUUUUCUGACAAAACAUCCCUUGGUAUUGUUUGAUUUCCAUCAAAGGAACUGCUGUCUAGUUUGUUCUGACGCUGAAUAAACUACAUUUUUUUUUUUUUUGUAAUUUAUAAUUUUUUUUUCCCUGUUUGUAUCAUUUAUAAUAUAUAUUUUAUCAAGUCAAAGAACGUUAAUCAAAGUGUUAUCCAUGUUGAUUCCAAGAAAUAGCCCCCAUCCCUGUUGCUAUCAUUUCAUUAUUCCUAUAGAAUUUUCAACAACAAAAAAAAAUAAAUUUAUACAUCUUUAAGUGAUUGCGUGCCAGGAAAUAUAAAAAGUGCCCGAUUUGUAAUUCCCUGUGAGAAUCCAAAUCAAGUACUGAAUAUAUUAAAAAUGACAACUACAAGAA